GACAAACAUAUGGCAAACCGAAAAAUCAUGGUGUUAAUGAGUUGAAAUUUGCUCGCUGCAAACAGUCUGUUGCUGAGGAGAGAGUUGGACGCCGAUGUGGUAGUCUUCGUGUUUUGAAUUCUUAUUGGGUUGGUCAGGAUUCUACAUACAAGUUCUACGAAGUUAUUAUGAUUGAUCCGGCGCAUAAGGCUAUUCGAAGAAAUCCAGACACACAAUGGAUAACGAAGCCUGUGCAUAAGCAUCGCGAGCUGCGUGGAUUAACAUCUGCAGGUCGCAGAAGCCGUGGUCUUGGUAAGGGACAUCAUUAUUCAGCAACGAAGGGAGGUUCACGUAGAAAAUGUUGGUUGCGUCGCAAUACUUUGUCAUUGCGUCGUAAACGUUAA